UUUUUCCCCCGCCUAUCUAUCCUGCUGCUAGCUCACGACUCUCGGAUUUCCUUGCUCACACCGCACCUGACGACCGCGGAAACUGAGCAAACUUUCCGCAGCCACAAGCCAAUUCCGCAGUCGUUCGAGCCGCAAUGGUCAACUCAACACUCUGUCCCUCGGACAACACAGCUGCCGUCGAGCAAGGCAGCUUCUGGAACAGCAAUGGCUUAAACUGGGAUACACAUCGGAUAGGGUGGUUGAUCGCGGGGUGCUGUGCCGCAGUGACUGUCCUCCUUACCCUUAUCAAUGUCUUGCAACACGCUCGGAAUUAUACCAAUCGCGCGGAACAGCGGCAAAUCCUGCGAAUAUUGUACAUGCCUGCUGUAUACGCUGUGAUAUCAUUCUUCUCGUACAGAUACUUCCGGAGCUACACAUACUACUCGCUCAUCGAAUCAGCGUACGAGUCUGUCACUCUUAGCGCCUUCCUCCUCCUCCUCAUUGAGUUUGUCGCUGCCACGGCGGCGGGCCACAAUAUCGACAAUGCCAUCGCACGGAAAGACAAAUCGCCGCUUCCUAUCCCGUUCUGCUGCUUGAGAUAUCGACCGACAAAGGCGUACUUUAUGUACACUCUCAAGUGGUCUGUCCUGCAAUACGUCAUCAUUCGGCCAGUAUUGUCCGUCGUGGGUAUUAUAUGCCAGGCCAAGGGUAUCCUGUGCGAGUCGGGACCCUGGAGUUUCAAGACAGCAAACGCAUACAUCGAAGUUAUUGAUGCGGCCAGUAUAACAAUCGCGUUGUACGGCUUGAUAUUGUUCUACGGGUUGACGCGGGAAGAGCUCAAGGGCCGGCGUCCGCUCGCCAAGUUCCUAUCGAUCAAGCUCAUUGUCAUGUUCACGUUUUACCAAGGGUUGGUCUUCGAUGCACUUGAAGGCAGAGUUAUUCAUGCGACCCAGUACUGGACCGAAACGAAUAUCGCGGACGGUCUGGACGCUCUUGCUACCUGCAUCGAGAUGGUGUUUUUCUCUGCGUUCAUGAUGUUCUCGUUCUCGACAAGAGACUACAAGGAGCCUGGCGUUAGAACGAGCAUUUGGCGCCCGCUGUGGGACAGCAUCAACUAUUCCGACUUCGCGGUCGAGAUCGGAGGCUCGCUCAAGUUCUUUGUCGACUUCGCGCUGCACCGACCGCAGACGCGCGGCCCGCGGGUGACGAUAGUCGACAACGAUGGCAAGCCGCGGCAACGGGCAAACCUAGGCGAGGCGUUCGGCGUUGAAUCGCCCGGCGUGCCGUAUGGCGCGAGUGAGUCCCCCAGCACGCGUUCGAGGAUGAGCUACGACGAGAACAUCAGGCUAGCGCCGUACACGUACGCGAGCGCAAAUGCGACGCCUGCAAUCGGUGUGGACAGUCCGGUGUCAAGCGCGGAGUCGAUGGAGCGGUUUGCGACGGCGGGGACGCAUCCGGCGAUGGGGGAGCGGGGGACGUUGCCGAGAUGAGGUGGUGUUGUGUGUGUGUGUUGCCGGCCAUUCUUGCUCUAGUAUGAUGGUCCACUAGGGGAGCCGUUCUCGGUUAGUUACCCUUUGUUUUAUGUCACGGACCACCCAUCGUUCUUUUUUUGCUUUUUGAUUUAGUGUAACAAUGUCCUGCUUGGUAAUGGUACGUUACCAUGUUGCCUGCACAUCAAAGCGUUUGUACAGCUAUUUGGUCGACGCCUCUUCGACACUGAAUUGACCGCCGUUUCUUUCUUGUA